AGUUUAUCAGACCUAUGAUUCUUUGCUAAUUGAAUUAUCCAAGCAUGCAAGCUGCUAUCUCUCUUAAGCUAUAUACUUUAGAGCAUGGCAAAAAGACUCCUGCGCCUCCCCAACAGAAGAUCACCACCUAAGCUUCUUUUUGUCACCCUCUUGAUACUAGUGCCUGUUUGUGUGAUUGGCAUACUUAACAAUGGCCAGAAAAUAUCCUAUUUUUUCCGCCCCCUUUGGGACAAGCCGCCUACCCCGUUCAGACGCCUACCUCACUAUUAUGCUGAAAAUGUUUCAAUGGAACACCUUUGCCACCUACAUGAUUGGUCCAUACGUUCACAACCACGCCGUAUAUUUGACGGUAUCAUCUUCAGCAAUGAAUUAGACUUGCUUGAGAUCAGAUGGCGUGAGCUUAGUCCCUAUGUUUCAAAAUUCGUAAUCCUUGAGUCCAAUACUACUUUCACUGGCAUCCCCAAACCUCUAUUCUUUGCAUCAAACCGUGCCAGGUUUGCCUUUGCUGAGGACAAGAUUGUCCAUGAUGUAUUUCCUGGCCGAAUUGCAUCCCCUGGUUCACAUGAAGACCCAUUUAUUCUUGAAUCACUCCAACGCAAAGCUAUGAAUGGAUUACUUCUCACUGCGGGGAUAGCCAAUGGAGAUCUUCUAAUAAUGUCAGACAGUGAUGAGAUCCCAAGCCCACACACUUUGAAACUUUUACAAUGGUGUGAUGGAGUGCCACCUGUACUGCACCUUGAAUUGAGGCAUUACAUGUAUUCCUUUGAGUUUCCGGUGGAUUAUAGCAGUUGGAGAGCCACAGUUCACAUCUAUAGCCCUUGGACUCGGUACCGACACUCACGCCAAACCAAUGUAAUCUUUUCUGAUGCAGGGUGGCAUUGCAGCUUUUGCUUUCGGAGUCUCGAAGAAUUUGUGUUUAAGAUGACUGGUUAUAGCCAUGCUGACAGAGUGAAAAGGAUGGACUUUCUAAAUUAUUCUAGAAUACAGAGAAUCAUUUGUAGGGGAGAUGAUCUUUUUGAUAUGCUCCCAGAAGAGUACUCUUUCCAGGAGUUGAUUAAAAAGAUGGGUUCUAUCCCCCAUUCGGCUUCAGCAGUUCAUCUUCCUGCAUAUUUGAUAGAAAAUGCAGAUAGGUUUAGGUUUCUUCUCCCUGGUGGCUGUAUAAGAAAUAAGGACGUUGCAAGCAGCCCCUGAAGUUGACACUGACCGGAAGGCCUUCUUCUCCCUUUCUCCCCGGGGAUAUGAAGGUGU